CGGAUCAUUACGUAAACGCCUAAGCCCGAUCCGACUAUUACGCGCAGAGGUUUUUAGUUUACCAGUAACCACACUUUUCAGUCAUGUCUGGCAGAGGGAAAACCGGAGGCAAAGCCAGAGCGAAGGCCAAAUCCCGUUCCUCUAGGGCCGGGCUCCAGUUCCCGGUCGGUCGUGUCCAUAGGCUACUGCGCAAGGGCAACUAUGCGGAGCGCGUCGGUGCGGGGGCUCCGGUCUAUCUGGCGGCCGUGCUGGAGUAUCUGACCGCUGAGAUCCUGGAGUUGGCAGGAAACGCAGCCAGGGACAACAAGAAGACCAGGAUCAUCCCCAGGCACCUCCAGUUGGCCGUGCGUAACGACGAGGAGCUCAACAAGCUGCUGGGAGGAGUGACCAUCGCGCAGGGAGGUGUUCUGCCCAACAUCCAGGCUGUCCUCCUCCCCAAGAAGACGGAGAAACCGGCCAAGAGCAAGUAAAAAAAAAGACUCCCUUCAGCCCCGGGUCCAGCCUUGGAGCCAGCCACUUUUUUCAUAUCAGUAGUGUUCGUUUUUUUGGAUAAGAAAAAAAAAAACCCUUCUCCGAUAUGGGACAGUGUUUAGUGUUUGCUGUUUCUACAAGGAAGACAUCCACUCGCUUCUUCUGGGGACUAUUCAUAGACUGUCCAUUCGCCACUGUUGUGUUCCUGGCUCUGGAAAAUGGAGGCGCACUAUGAAGGCUCGGGAUGAUGAAGGCCGUGUUUAAAAAAAACAACAACAACAACAACAAAAAAACAUUACUUAAUAUGGACCAAAAUCUGAAGGGAGGGGGGUGGGCUGUUUUAUUUACGCAGUGCUGCUAAACGUGCAAAAUUGUUGUAUUGUUUAUGUCCUGUUGUUUCAAUAAAUGUCUUGUAGCCUUCUGUUACAGGGCGAACGUUUA